AUGGAUGACUACGGGACCGAGUCUGAUAGUGACUACACCAGCUACUGGAGAGAUUGGUUUAUCUCGUCCCGUGGCAACGAAUACUUUUGCGAGAUCGACGAGGAGUACCUGACGGACCGCUUUAAUCUGACGGGCCUGAACACCGAGGUCCAGUACUACCAAUAUGCGCUGGACCUUGUCACCGAUGUUUUCGAUCUCGACUGCGACGAUGAGAUGCGUGAGACGAUAGAAAAGUCGGCCAGGCACCUGUAUGGCCUCGUCCACGCUCGGUAUAUCGUCACAACAAGAGGUUUGGCGAAAAUGGUAAAAUUACCCCCUCUUCCUCCCACUUGUCCCUUUGCUCUGCCCGCCCUCCCCUCCAAUAUCAUACUAACAGAUGACGCUCCCGCCCUCCCACAGCUCGAGAAAUACAAAAAAGCCGACUUCGGCAAAUGCCCCCGCGUAAUGUGCCACUCGCACCCGCUGCUCCCCAUGGGCCUCUCCGACAUCCCCAACCUCAAGCCGGUCAAGCUGCACUGCGCGCGGUGCGAGGACACGUACAACCCCAAGUCGUCGCGGCACGCGUCCAUCGACGGCGCCUACUUCGGCACGUCCUUCCACAACAUCCUCUUCCAGGUCUACCCAGCCCUGAUCCCCGCCAAGAGCGCCGAGCGCUACGUCCCGCGCGUCUACGGCUUCAAGGUCCACGCCGCCGCCGCCCUCGUGCGCUGGCAGAACGGCGUCCGCGACGACAUGCGCCGCCGCCUGCGCAAGAUGGAGGUCGAGAGCGGAUUUAAGGACGGCGACGACGACCUGGACGAGGACGAUGACGACCCCGAGGACGAGGAGGAGCUGCUGCAGCAGCUCGCCGUGGCGGAGUACAGAGGUGGCGGUGCUGCCGCCGUUGCUGCCGCUGCUACUACGGGCGGCGAGGCGCAGAUGGGGAGUGUUGCGUAA